AUGUUUAGGCGAUUGCCUUCAAACAGGGGUCCGGUUCGCACUGAUUUCCGUCGGCUACAGCUUGUGCACUGGAAAACAAAGCCGUCUACGCACAUAUUUCUCAUAGGUAGCCUUAUUGUCUUAUGGCAUGCGCUGCGUUAAUAUGUUUGGAGUUGAACUUUUUCUUGAAAAUAGUAUUAUCACAUUGGGCAUUUCGAUUGCUCUCCUAAUGCUGUCAAUCACCAAAAGUUCAUUUGUUUGUGCACACCUUUCUACAGCGUUUUGGAGGCCGAUACAGCGUCCUUACACAAGUGCGUUUGUGGCUAAUUGGGUGGUUGCUGUUGAAGUUCAGUACUUGCAUCGUAUUUGUCACUUUCCUGAACACUUUGCUUUUUAGUCCACCACAAUCUUUGCGACGUACGAGGACAUCCAGGAAGGCCAGCUGGUUGUUUUCUUCCUCCUCCAUCGUAAAUUCUAUGUCCCGAAAGACCGCAUUCAGAUCUUCCUUGAAUGUUACCAGCUGAUCCCGGUCGAUAUUGACGAAAGUAUCCUCCAUAUACCGUGCCCGUAAUCUCGGUCUGUGGUAUGGGAAGACCAGCGACUCUAACCGUUGUGUAAGGGCGCGCUAUCGGCGUGUCGAAAUGCACUGCAGUGAGCCGAAAGACAAAAUUGCCGAGAUACAAUAUCUCCGGCAGGUCUUCAAAGUCAGUGGCUACCCGCGCAACUUCAUCAACCGGUGCAUACGCAAAAGGGACGAAUGGCCUAACCGCACGGACACCAAAUUUUGGCGAGCGCAUCCAUAUGUCAAGAACGUUUCGGAAGCUGUCGGUCACCUUCUCGCACCACUUGGGGUUGGAGUUGCACAUAGACUGGAGGCAACUAUCGGGCGUCUGGUAAUGAAACCGAAAGACCCACUGCCACGGCCAGAAACGUCUGGAGUCGUUUAUCAGAUCUGGUGCAGUUGCGGACAAAGCAACUACGUCGGAGAAACCGGAAGAUAUCUCAAAACGCUAAUGACCGAACACGCUGCAGCGGUGCGGAGGAGUGAUGCAUGCUCUCAAGUUGUGGCUAAUUCAACGAGAUCCGACUACAUAUUCAGAUUCGGUGAGGCCGAAAUUCUCGCAAGAGGUGACAACCGCGUGAGCCGGGAGCUGCUUGAGUCAUGGUUUACUGGCCCCCAGUCCAUUAACAAGUGCAAUGACCUUCCACUUCCAUACUCAGUGCUGAGACUUCGCGUAGGCGGAAUAAUUAACCACGCGAGAAUCGCAAAGGUGAACACAUUUCCUAACGCCAGGGUCAGUAGAUCAGAUGGUCGAGCAAUCAUCAUACCAAAAUCCAACUCACGUGAUGAAAUCACAGUAAUUAACGACGCGAAUGUCGGCCACCAAGCAAUUAACACACCAAGCGCAACGAUCCCUGAUAAAGGGGGGAACCGUGAAUAUUCAUAGGUAUGCGGUGGCAUGGCGACUGCAUCCUAUAAAUAAGGCAGCCCCUUGUGCAUGAACCACCGGUAUCUGCUUUUGUCUCUGAUGAUGGGUUCGAGCAGGAAUCCGAAACGUCAGGCUGAUAUACCUCGCGUCCCGGCGAUCGUCUCCCUUUCUUCUAGAACUUUUAUUUAUUUAGCUACGUUUCUGCCCUUAUUCCUGACUUCGGCGUCAUUAUUUUAAAGGCGUAAUAUUUGGUUUGCUUUGGUUUUAUGUUGCUUUCCUAAUGCUGUCAAUCCUCCAUGGCCUACUCAAUUGAGCAGGCCCUUUCGCAGGCUUGGAUAUAGCAUUCCGGCAACAUAAAAAAUGUUAACACUUCUAUUACACGUCGGCGUGUCUAUCUUAACAAACAAAUAAUUGCUUUCUUUAUUUGUCAUUAACUAAUGUUUUUUUAACUUAAAUAUUACCUAUUGUGACAUUUCGCUUAGGCCAACCAGUUUACUUGGCUUUAUUUACCCUUCCUGGAUGGCUAGGCCAUCUACAUAUUGUUCACUGUAUUGUUGCACUUCAUGGAGUAGCUGAGUCGACGAUCGCGCUUUACUCCUUUGGGGUUCCUGGUUCCCUGCGACCUUGGAUGUUCAUUGGCUACUUUACUGCCCUGAUCUCUGUCCUUAGCGUCAUUAUUGUAUAGGAGUUAUAUUUGGUUUACUGUGGUGUCAUGGUGCUCAAUAAUAAUUUAAAUCAAUUUUCCGGCCGCCUUUUAAGGUCAGCAAAGGACUUACUUUAAUUUACACAUAUUUUUAACAACAGCCUACGCAGGAAUUGUGUUUUCCGCCCGUGCACCUACGCUUCCACUUUCUGCACCCGUAUAACCCCUUAUUUCACCGGUCCCGUAAGACAGGAGGACAUUUUCUUGGUUACUUGUCAUGGGUCUCAUACUGCGUCGUUGCCCAACUUCUCUCGCCACUGUGAAUCCCCAUGCUGAGUGUACGCCCACGAAGAGUUCAACUUAAUUGAAAUGCAUGCAUGUAUGUGAAUCCUGAAGGAACGUGCAGUUUCAGGCCGAAAAGUUCUUUACUUUGGCCUGACCACAAUGUUGGACGUUAGGUUUGUUUAGAUGCUUGACCGGUCAGUGUAUCAUUGUCAGGUGCGAAUACGCACAGAAUCGGCGCCCGCGGGCCAUGCGCUGGGCUGAUCUAGCAUCCCAUUGGUUGAUGAGGCGGCAAGCACUUGGGCCAAUCAUCGACAACGUUGUCUGUGGCAGGAUUAAAUGCUGUGCGCCAUAAUAUCGCCAUAAGAGCAGAUUUAGGGUAAGACACAGUCCUCCACGGGAACCGAAGCCUGUAACCGCCAGAAGUCAUCACAAUGUUCCCCCAUAUUUCCCUUAUGUGGGCGUUGUUCAUUUCUACUUCGUUCAUCGAAGCCCUCCACUUUCCGGCGGAGUUCACCAUGCAAGUCAUGAACUACCCGAACAUCGUCACACAGCGGGAGAAAUGUCUUCCAGCACGCGGUCUCAAUCAACUGCACAAGACGCUGGUUUGUGAUCCAAGGGAAAUUCUGACCGCCGAUGAGGGUAAAUAUUUUUUUCUUAGGCUUUUUUAAAAAUGCGCUUCGCGAUUAAUCAUUUAAAUAUGGCAUAAAGUGUCCUUAUUAUAGCGUAUCCCUGCGGUUCAAGGUGAUUUGCCACAACGGUAUUAUAGAAAAAUAGAUUAUUUGGAUGACUAACUCGAAAAGUAGGGAUAAGCGACCAUAAAUGUUUGUCUUUACGAAACAUAGUACUCGCACAUACCUACUUGAUAGCCCAGCUCGAUUGCCACCGUGACGUGAUUGGUCAUUUGCAGACAUGAGGCCAAACAAAAAAUAAGCAGCAUCAAAAAAUGCCAAAAAGCACGGGUUAAAAAUACACACAGAUGAAAUCAAGGAAUAUUAAGACGCCAUCUUUCUCAGGCAUUUCGAAUCUUGUAUACCCGGCGAUGUAGUUUAUUGGUUGUGGAUGUUUGACCUGUGUCGUCUGCACCGCUCUCGGGUGGCUAACUGCACAUUCUUUUCGCAAAUAUUUUUUUUCCUCUUCAAAUGAGCAUUGCCAACGGAAUUUUCGAAUCGACGGCUCCUAAGUCGCGACAGAUGAGAACACCUGCUGUUCCGACGAGGGCGCUGCGAUGGAGAGUGUAUGAACUUAAUUAUGCUGAAGUAAAAUUUCGCUGGGUCUAACGCAAUCCCUCACGCUUCCUGCGCCCACCGCGUUGGUUUACAUUAUAUAGGGUCAAGAUGACGAGAUAUGUAGCGUCUGGCGCAUCUCAUACAACGUGAAGCAAAAUUAUAAAAUUCGUUUUUGAUUUAAACGAGGUCCAUUGUUCUCUCUUCUCAUUGGCCCUCCUUUCCUGCCUAAGCGGUGUCUGACGGCCUCGUAUGGCGUUGGUAGGUCUAUCCUACGGUUAAUCGAGUUGGCUUUGGAUUGCCAGGCUUCGAUUAUUUGUUUCGCCACUUUGUUUUCAGCUCGGCCGAUUACUUCUGCCUAGUCCAAGUCGAAUUGAUGGUUAUUUUUGAGGCAAUACAUAGAAACAUCUCAUCAAGAUAGCCAACCCUAUCUCUAGGGUGCACAGGCUGAGUGCGUAAAGUAGUCGACGGCUUGUGCGCCACUUUUAUUUGGUGCUUCUUCAAGUGCUUUUCAACGAAUUCAGACACAUUCGUGAUGCAAGGAAGGAUUCGCCUAGUGCCUGCUUUGGGAGCGUGACCGGAACCAUCUAGUUCCUUACUUUCAAAUUCUCACUGUUUCUUUUAUCGACCUCGAAAUAUCUAGGAUAACUGCUCUAGGAAAUAGUUCAUGCGGACAAUUCGGCUCAAGUUGGUGGCUCUUCUUGUCAGAGCAAUCUGUUGUUGCUCGAUGUAACAGACUUUUGACAGUACCCCAUUUGUGAGAGGUCAAGCUGUUACUCUCAUAGUGUAGAAUUACUUCCGCAUAUGUUUUUGCGUUAAGCGGAUGUGUGCGAUGUUCCGUCAGUCUUUUGCUAUACGAGAACAUCAAGAAAUGGGAGCUUAUUGCCAACCUCGUUCACGAGCGUGAAUUUAAAUCCUUGUACGGUAGGGUAGAUGGUGCUAUGGCACUUCUCCAGUUGAUCCUUUUUAACCACAGCAAGUGUGUCCUCUACAUAUCGUACCCACAACUUAACAUUAAAUAAGGAAAGAUCUGCCGACGUCAGUUUCUGUGUUUUCAGCUUAACAAGAAAGUUAAAUAAAGGUGAUGCUACUGAAGCUCCUUCUGCUUGUUAAUGGUAUCGGUAGUCGAACGAAAAAAAUUGUUUCUAGGCAAAGGCCUAUGAUUGCAGGUAAGGCAGAUGCGGAAAUAGCCGUGUAUAAGGAUUUUAGGAGUUCAUCUGUGCAUUGCCCUGUCAAACCUAAUGAUAUGGAUAAAAAUAAGGAUGCGACAUCGAAGGAUACCAUUAUCUCGUCAGCGACAAUUGUGAUUCCUCACAAGACUUCGAGAAAUUUUAUCGAUUUCUAAGUGGAAGUUUCACAAUCAGUCGUAAUUGGGGGGAGUUGGUGGAAUAGCAACUUAGAAAUUCGUAAUUGGGUGCGCCUAGUAAAGAUACUCUCGGUCGCAAUGUUUGUGAACUCUUGGCAUUCCGAAGAUAUUGAGAUGGUUGGUUCGGAUUGUCUCAGAGAUUUUGCAAUAUCAUCCGACGCUGUUUCGUUCCUCUGAGGCAAUUUAGCAGUUUAUUAAUAGAUGAAAUCUGUUCCUUGGUAGGAUUUGUGAAAAGAGGCUCAUGUGUUGGGCCAGCGUACAACAGUGACUGUACGUUCCCACUAUAGUCUGCUUUUUCUUGAAUCACAGUUAAGUCUCUUUUGUUUGCGGAGAGUACGCUAGUGUUUUGGUUGGUUAUUAAUUCUUUUAAUGCUUUGCUUUCUUCAUGUGAUAGUCUUGGGGAAUAAUUCUGAUCCCCUAAGGCCUGUACCUUGGUGUUUGAGAUUGUGAACUGUUAAUCUUUCUUAAGGUUUACUGUUAGCAUAAUGGAAGUCCAAGUAAUAUUAGUCAGAAUGAUUAUAUUUCAGCACAUUUGGAAAGCAUAUUCCCCUCUGUUGUCGAAAGGACUCUUCAGGACAGAUUUACUUUCCUCGCCGAAAACGGCAUGGAGAUCGCUGGGACCAGUGGUUCGGCACCUCGGGCACUCGCCCGAGCCCAUUGUCAAGGAAUGAAAGACUGUACAACUCACCUCAAAGUUAGUUCCCCUCUGCCGAGAAUAACCUCCAGCUGCGCUAAUGAUUCUACCACGCAGUGACGACUGGUUAUUUCGUCUGACACAUCAGAUAUAUUCGACACUGCGUACUAGACUGAUGGGCGACUCUGGAUUUGGCGUCGCCCACAGACUGGAAACAACAACCCGGCGGCAACUCAUGCGCCCUAAGGACCUGAUUCCCAUCAAUCGGAAAUCGGGGGCAAGUGAUCGGAAAGACAGCAAUUUUCGUCAAGUCAAUUAUGUUGGUGAAACCGGCAAACAGGUUCGCAUUAGACUGCUCAAGCACGAAUAGGCUGUAAGGCGGAAAGAUAAGCUCGCCUUGGCGGCCACCCAUGCCUGCUUUCCAGGGUACAACUUUAGCAUCGACUGCGUGAGAAUAUAGGGCCAGUCGGACGACCGAGUUUCGCGCCCGGUGCAGUAAACGAGGCACUAGACUGAGGACUCGCUUAGUCGACAUAUCGAUCUACUAAUCGUCCAUCAGACACUGCGUAGUCGGAGGUCAUUCCCGACAGAGGUGAAGUAAUUAAGAGAUUCGUUUUACACUAUUUCACUCCCCGAUGAUGAGCUCCUGGGGCAUUUCAAAACAUUUUAAGACGACGUGGGGAGACAGAAUAUAAAAUUAACGAGAUUUAUUUUGUUAGCUCUUCAUAUAACUUAUUUCCUUCGCAGUAUACUUCCUGAGAUCCCCAUUUUCGAAAUUACAAGUAUUAGAUUACGCUGGGAGACCCCCUGUGGAGCCAACCCCCUCGCAGUUUUGUCACACAACGGCAGAAUACCGACGAAAGGCGUGUCUGGGCGUUAUGCUAGAUCGUAUGUCGAGAGUACGGUAUGAUACCUUUGCCAUAUAUAUAUAUAUAUAUAUAUAUAUGUUGAAUAACUGAUGUGGUGUGCAUUCCGAGAUGAUAUAAUGAGAAAGUGAGGGCUCUUCGGAAAAUUGAGUUGUACUCGUAAAUUUUCAAGUCGGUGACACCGACCCGUCGUCAGACGAAAUGAACAGAGGGAAAGUGAAGUCGGCAGAUUAGGUCGGCUGGCGCGACAGGACAGACAACGACAAAUAGACAGCAGAUGUGUGAGAGGGGUGGGCACCUAGUUAUGGUAGGCCGUGGGGCAGGGGGAGGGAGGGAGGAACCGUUAGGGCUCCCAGUGUUGGAGGCGGUGAAAACGCGGGGGGAUGGGGAUUGCGAAUCAGCGGGAAUGCGGGCGGCUGGCCACUGAUGCGGACCCGGUGCCCAAAGAACAACUAAGUAACGUCAUCUACCGCAUACCGUGUGCCAACUGCCCUUGUGUUUAUAUUGGCCAUACAGGCCGAUGUCUUGGGACUCGCAUUAACGAACACAAGUUAGCCCUCCGCCGACGUGACCCUCUGUCCCUCGUGUUUGCACACGCCAUUGAGCAUGACCACCGCUUCAACUGGGACGGCACUGAAGUGAUCGCAAAGGCUAACACCAGACAGGCGCGAGAAUUCCUCGAAGCUUGGCAUUCUGGCACGACCAGCAUCAACCGCCACGUCGAUCUUGACGCUCAUUAUGAGGGCCUACGUACACGCUCACUGUCUUGUUCCCACACCUCAACAUUUGCUAACCCCCACUCGGCCACAUAGACGUAUGCUCUUUCGCCAUUCCGCUCCCCCCUUGCGACACGGUGAACAACAGCCGAAACCCCCCUAACACCUCCAACGCCGGCGCAUUGGCCCCUGACCUCAUCCCGCAUCAGUGACUAGCCGUCCGCAUCAGUGGCCAGCCGCCCGCAUUCCCGCUGAUUCGCAAUCCCCAUCCCCCCGCGUUUUCACCGCCUCCAACACUGGGAGCCCUAACGGUUCCUCCCUCCCUCCCCCUGCCCCACGGCCUACCAUAACUAGGUGCCCACCCCUCUCACACAUCUGCUGUCUAUUUGUCGUUGUCUGUCCUGUCGCGCCAGCCGACCUAAUCUGCCGACUUCACUUUCCCUCUGUUCAUUUCGUCUGACGACGGGUCGGUGUCACCGACUUGAAAAUUUACGAGUACAACUCAAUUUUCCGAAGAGCCUUCACUUUCUCAUAUAUAUAUAUAUAUAUAUAUAUAAAGUAGCGACAAAAACGAAGCAGACUUCAUUGUUUAUGGGUCGCCCUGGGACUGAUCAUGAUGGUUGUAGACUGGGCCUCAAGCCGUACUCGUAAAUUUUGAAAUUGAUUGCGCCAACUCGCUGCCAGCUGAAAUUAGUAAGACAUGUAGGAUCCCUGCCAUGGUGUGCUUGGGAUUAUGAAAACUGCCUAAUCAGAACAUUCGUCCGCGUGAUGGGCAAACAGACGUCACGAAGGCGAGAGAUACAGUUAAAGCGAGAAUUUAAAAGCCCCUAAGAAUUCUGGCGCCAGCUUUAUGUUGGCCACGACGACCACUUGUAAAUCAUGUCAGAUGAAUCCGUGCUUAUUUUCGAGUGCGUGCGCAAAAACGAGGGACGAGUAGGCCACGCACAUGGACAGACAGUUUUUGUUCGUUAACAUUUCUGCAGGGCACGGGAAUAUGGAUCCCUCGUAAUACCGAUGAUCUUGCCUUCACUUCCAGAGCUACGCUUAGGAGGGCUUUUAUGUCGGUUAGAGUUAAAGUUAGCACACGCUGUAGGCGCCUCUUGGAAUUUGGUAUAUAGGCUACUGUAGUAUGAGGAUCCAUAUACCCUGUUCGACCAAUAUUUCUAACGCACGAUAUCGGUUGGUCGUCCAUUCUUUACCGAGUGGGUCAUAGCUCAUGGAUGCUCUUACGAACACCUUCCUAAGUUUUUUACUUUAAAUAUCUCAACCUCAGCUCAUGUAUAAGAUAGGAUAUGACAUUUGUUCUCUAAUUUGUCGCACAUAAUAUGAUUCUGUAUUUCACUAGUCUGCGUUAGUAAACACUCUGAGUUAAUGUGUGCGAAAAAGAAAGGCUUCGAAAAACUCACAUACUUACUCGCAAACUCUCUAACUUUCAUGAACAGUCUCGCACCGGGUGAAAUAUCCUGCCUAGGUACGGUCUAUGCGUUCAUGGGUGAGGUAUGAGGUGGCUAUGAUCGACAUAAGGAGUGGGGCGCGCGUCCCGGCUAUUGAAAUGCAGGCCUAACACGGGCAUUGGUGCCCCCGAUUAUAGGUAGUCCUGUGUUAGGCUCCGGGGGGUUAGGGCUUUGUUUAAGGUUAGCGUUAGGUUACCCCGGAAUCUAGCGUAAAGUAAGGUAGAAUUAUCUACUUCUACGACCUACCGAAAUGGGGUUUUGAACGCAGACAUUCGGCUCACAAAUGAUUGCCUGUUCACAGUUCCGUUUUCGAAAUUCCAGAAUGAUUAUUUUUACGCAAGGACCAUCCUUAUUAUAGUGACCUGAAGCAGUCUCUUUUUGCAAAAAAAGAAUAGCUACCUUUCAUAUUACCGACCUAAAAAGGGUGCGAGUUUGGACGAUCGCGUCCAGGUUUGGUCUUUUUAGAAAGUAAAAUCAUGGAGACCUGUUUUAGGGGACAGGACAUGACAGAGAGCCUUAAGUAACCCCAAGUAAGCUGUCUUACAGUUCAAACACCGUUGUCGGCCCCGGCCAGUGGAGUAUUAACUGUUUUUAUAUAGAUGAAAUAGUUUCCAUGAUUUGUAAAAUAUGCAGCCUUUGGGGCAUAAAUAGAUGUAGAGUGAAUGAGUGCUUCGACACACUCCAAACUCCAUAUAAUUUUAGGCAAGCAGUGCAACAUAAUAAAAAUUUUUUUUUAAAUUUCGCUGUAUUUCGCUGAUUUCAAAUAUCUGUCGUCGCUCCUUAUGAAUAAGCGCAUACUCUUCACCAUAUUUAACAGCUUGCGGAGCCUAAAGUUAGGAAACAUUGUGGUUUCGCUCGGCACGGUGGCACAAAGAGAGUCACGACACUUCAGUAGCUUUAGAGAACCACUCAGAAGGUAUGUCGUAGAGUACUUGGACAGACACCGACUUUGUGGAAUAAACGGCUUGUUCAUAGUUGACUUUUAGAGGUUCAACAAAUUCGGCUGCCUUUUCAGUCAUCUAGUUCAGAUAGACAGAUGCUCAGGCGGAAUUUAAUACUCAUGUCGAACAUCUUGAUGCCUAGUUGAUCCAGUGUUCCGCUUUACGGGGGUAUAAGUGGGUUCUGGACAUCGGAUCGCAAAAAAACAGCAAAAAUGGUGAGAUGUCCAGCUGUUAAGUCCGCGAGAUUGUAUGGGAGGAUUGAUAGCGCAGAGAGGAUUCAUUUAAUUGAUCUUUAUAGACCGUUUAUCCCGUGAAUCACCGGAUUCAGACUGCAGUGCAACUGCCUUGAAUACCCCCAGCAUUUUUGUCAUCUGGAGCUGCUUGUUGCGUACUGAGACCUGGUUUUCAUAUUUCAGCAGUUUCUUUUAAUAGUAGUGGUUCCUAAAAUUCUCUGAAGAUGACUCUUUAAGUUGAUCAAUCAUUUAUACCUUUAAGCGACUUGCCGGGCGCAUAGGGCUUACGAAUGUCCAUUCUGGGGGAGUAGUCCGGCCAACAGGAAUCAUUGUUUAAUUCGGUCUUUCUGUGUUUGCACAUGAGAUUUUUCCUAUUUUCCUACAUAGUUACCGAAUCGGUUCUUUACGGCUCGGUAGCAGGGCUGUUGUGUACAUUUUCGUACCCUCGUAAAAAGAUCUGCUUUGGAGCAGUGCUGGUUAACUCCAUUUAGCUUUCGAGAUUAAACAUAGGUCUCAAUGCUUCAUUGUUACAUAAUACGGCCCUAUUCAAGCCACUCUCCUCAUCUGCAAAAAAUACAUAGUUCAGAAAAGUGUGAUCUCCUAGUUACCCAUACAGUUUAUCGGAGUUGGCCACCAGUUUAUGACAAAAGAAGAGAUACAUUCGCGUGUCAUUUCAUCCUUCUUUCUGGACGACAGCUAUUGACUGACGGCCAGUUUUAGAAUUGUUUGGCCCUGAGAGAAACAUAGAGAGAGAGAGGGAGAAAUAAACUCGUUUCAGACGGCCCAGCGUCAUCUUGCAGAUGGGGCACCACCGCAGCGAUCUCGCCACCCCUGCUCACACCGUCCGCACCGUUCGACAGUCGGCUUGAUCUUGGCACCGGAUAGUCUUCGCCUACUGUUUGUGUGACAGAUCUUGAUGUGUCUCUUCGUAUGCGUGUCCUGCGUGUGUGUGUGUGUGUGUGUGUGUGUGUGUGUGUGUGUGUGUGUGUUUACUUUAGGAGUUGGCAGCCCGAAAUACACUCAAUUGGCCCGCAUUUGGAUGUCCGACCGUCAGGACGGAUGAGGCCACCCCACCGGCCGGCAGACAAGGCCUAAACUUCUCAUAAUUUUGAAGAUCAAUCUCUCUCUCUCUCUGUCCCCCCUCCCUCCCCCACACGCUGCACGUACAGCGCCGUAGGCGAGCGCAUUGAUGGGGUUUGGUACUGCGUCGGCAUCCGGACAAAACAGUAUACAUAAACGAUUAGCUAUCUUGUGCACAUUCACCCCUUCAUGCGAUUUUAAUGAGGUAGCCGGUUUUCUAAAGUCCACGAGUCCGAUAUUUUACUGAAACGUGAAGGCGUCAGCGACACACAUAAAUUGGCACACCAAGAUGUCUGCCUGAUUUUGACUCCUUCGACUAACUCGCUGACUGGAAUCCAAACAAGUGUCCGGGUUCAUUGCCAAUGAAGGCCGUAAUCGAUUUAUUUUGAACUUUCAGUCACACCAAUCAUCUGUAUCCAUCAAGCAACCGAUGGUUCUCUGAGUGUUGCACCACUACCCACAAUCAUUUUACCGUAACCUCAAGACGCACUUGCCCUACCCCUUCAUAUAGCAGUUUUUUUCCACGGAACGGAUCAUCUGAAAAACUUGGGCACCCGAAAUUCUUUAUGUGAUUUCCACGCAGGAUUUUUUGGUCGACCCCACGAGCGGGACAGGUAGCGCCACGCUAAAUUUCAGGAGGUUCCUCUUGCCGUGUUCUAAAUUUAACCCUAACAGUAACCUUCAUCGACCAAAUCUUAACCAUAACCCUCAUGAACUUAACCUUAACUCUAAACCCGCUGGAAUGCAGGUUAAGUCCACUUGUAAGAGGAGAACCGUAUUCGCGUGUCAAAUCAGCUUUUCUUUACUGCUUCGCUCAGAGCUCGUCCUUUUUAGUCAAAAACGCCGACUUCGAAAUGAAUGGAUCUUAAUAUAAUGAGUAGUUUGCUCGAACAGUCACAACCGCGUGGAUGCCAAUAAUUCCUUUUGUUUUAAAUAACUCUUUUGCCAAAUUUCAUCCUAAGGAUAAGUGCUGAAUCAGAACUCUGCGUCAACGUUAUGGUAUAUAAUUCGGCUUUUUGAACCAGAUUUCAUGCUGUUUUGUUAAGCGUUGGUAUAGACCAUCAUAGAGGACUUUUAUCGUAUUAUGUAACUGACAAAUUAAAUGCACUUACUCCCAUUUAAGACCUUGCCUCUUGCCAUCACAUAGUUUCAUAAUGUCCUGAUCGAUAAGUGUUAAGUAUGUGCGCGGGGUAUGGAGAACUGUGGGGAACGGCCUGCAAUAUUUUAAAAAGUAUGCGCUGUGCGGCAGAGUUUGUGUCAGCCCUUCCCAUCGGUCCGAAGUGUCGGUACUGAUGAAAUGCUUGCAUUGUUUCAUUGUUCUGCACCCAUACAUGUAAGAAAGCUCAUUUUUUCAAGAAAAGUUUCAGCGCGGAGAGCAGUCAGGCGGUAAAAAUACUCGAAAUAACAGUAGAUGGAUCGCACACGUCUGCCAGUAAGGCAGGAGUGUAAAAGCCUGGCGAAGUUGUUAUACAGCACAUAGCAGUUUCUCAGCCCGCGCAUACACUUAAUCCUGGCCUCCUGAUCUGAUAAGUCUAGGACCAAUCCACAAUAAAUUUAGUAGUGCAGUGAUGCCGUUAUAUUACCUGUUCCAUUGUCUUCGGCAUAACUUAAAUGACAUUGUCCACUUACGAUUUUGAUACGCGUAAUCGGGGCGUCUGCAUCAAAAAUUAAUCCUUGCUGGGGGCGACGUCCGCUGUGUACCCCACGGAGCAUAGCAACGGCGACUUGAGCACAAAUUAUUUCGUCACAUGACUGACUUGCUCAGUAUCUACCGCACUCUCACACCUAUCACUGAGACCCUGCUUCGAUGGCAAGACAAUAUCAAGACGGCGGGAGGCGAACGCGGACGUCGUUUUAGAGCCCGUGCUGAAAGUUUCGAAUGUUAUUUUCAAAAUAAAACAUUCCUCCCUCUCUCAAGGCCACACAGGGCCUGGUCCCUACAACAUGUAGAAGGUCUCUAAAGGCGCAGCUCGGAUUUCACCUUCAAGAGAAUAUCAUAAAGACCAGACUGAGAAGGAGUUAAUACAGCCUGACGCUCGGGUUUUCCUUCACUUCAAGAAUACUCCGAUAAGAACAGAAUUAUCCUGUCUGUUAGAAAUCUCAUAAACAACUGCUCUUAGGUUAUCAGGAGAGAUUCAGGCGCGUCAGUCUGUGAGAGGGAAAAUUAUGCGCGAAUCAGUUUGCGUGGCAUCAUUCGCACUCCAUCUCCUCGAUCCCCAUCCUGCUGCAGUGGCAAGACAAUGUCAAGACAACCGGGAGUAGGCUAGGGCGCAGCGAUUGGCGAGGUCAGGCAGUCACUCUAUGCACGCCACACACGCACGACCUCGUAUCAAACAGCAUGUAUCAGGUCCCCACAAAGGUGGCUUGAAUAUUACGUGUGAGAUAGUGUCAAAAAGGCAACAUUAAGGGAGAAUUGUUGAGGCUGAUUCUUAAUCCUCCGCCCAGUCACUCCAUACACGCACACAGACACGACAGUUCGACCGCUGCAUCCGACAAUGUCCAUCGUGUGCCCUCACAGCAAGGUGAGAGCAGGCACUGCGACUUACGCGUGAUUUAGUUUAUAACGAAUGUGGACUUGUACUGUAUCUGCCGCACUCUCUCUUCCCCACUCGCCACCUAGACUCGGUGUCAAGACAUGUUCAAGAAGACCGGAGGUGCGGGGAAAGCGCAAGUAGAUGGCGCGAUUGAGUCUGCACUCUGGCGUUCAACCCCACACCCCCUGGCCCACACAGCAGAUAACCAGGUUUUUGAUUAACUACAACUAUAAGGUGGCGGCGGGGCCCCAGUGUGCGCGAGGUACGCCGGCAGUCGGGUCUACCAACGCACCCCAAAAGUGUUGGCAUUUGAUACAGUGCGCAAAGCUGAUGACGCCUGCAAGAGUCCGAUAUGGCUCUCGUGUUGGUCCAGCGCAUCUACCACGUGGCCCGUUUGGGGGACACAACACACACACACGCACAAACACACACGAUAUUUCGAACGUCGAUUUCGACGAUGUCUACCGUGUGCCCCACAGCAGUGGUGGGAGCAGGAACGGUGACUUCCGCGGGGGGUUAUACUGCCAGUAGACUUGCGCCGCAUCUACCACACUCUCUGCCCCUCUCCCGCCUGAGCCCGGUGUCAAGACAGAGUCAAGAAGACCGGAGACGAGGGAGGCCGCAGGUGGAUGGCUUGGACGGAUCCUCAUCUUUGCGCCCCACUCCGCACUCCCUGGUCCCCUCAACAAUGGCCAGGAUUUUGACCCACAAAACACACACACAAACACGACAGUUCGACCGUCGCAUCUGACGAUGUCCACCUUUUACUACACAGCAAGGUGCAGCAGGCACGGUGACCUGCGCGUAAAUUAGUUUAUAGUGAGAACAGACUUGCGCAGCACCUAUCGUACUCUCUUCCCCUCCCCACAUGGACCCGGUGUCAAGAAAGAGUCAAGAAGACCGGAGACGGGGGAGGGCGCACAGAGAUUUCACGGUCAAGCCCGCACCUUGAGGCUCCACUCCACACCCCCUGAUCCCCUCAGCAAAUGACCAGGUUUUCGACGAACAACAGCAAUGAGGGAGGGACGGCAGGGGUUCUGGUAUGCGUGACGUCUGCCGGCAACCGAGUCUGCCAUCGCACUCCCAAAAUGUUGGCAUUUGUUAUGCUGCGCAAAUCUGAUAAAGACUGCCGGGAUCCGAUAUGGCCCCGUGUCGGUCCAGCGCAUUUACCACGUGGCCCGUUUGUGGGGCCUUCACACACCCACACAUCACGACAACGACAGUGCGAUCCUCGUUACUGGCAAAGUCCGCCGUGUGCCACACAACAUGAUGAAAGCAGCGAAGGCGAGUAGUGUAUGAAUUAGUUUAAAGUGAUGGGAGACUUUCGCUGCAUGCGCCUCACUCUCUCCGGAGGCAGAGUCGGAUGCCGCUGACUGGCGUAGAGCGAGUCUGCGCCUAGACGUGCGACCACAUCCCCAAGUAUGGCAUUUAUUGUGGGUGUGUAGCCCAAUAACGCGUGCCGGAACCACAUUUGGCCGCCGUGUUGGCAGGUCACAUUUACCGCGUGAUGCGUUGUAAUAAGCCCAACAACCACACACACACUGCGGUCCAUAAUUUGGAUCGAAAAUUCAUCGCCUACUCCCGGUCUCUUUGGCCGGUAAAUCACGUUGCCAUGCUGGCAUCGUUUGUCGACACUCAGUGUCCGCGCGCUUGAGGGCAGCUGCGUAUACAUCUCCGUAGUAAAUCACUGCUGGGCACGUAAACCAUUUUUUUUCUUAGGCGACACUCACAAAAACCUACCGUUGGACUCUGGUACCACCAGACAGGGCCUGUACGUCACAACGUUUCGGCUCGUGGACAGGAAAGUUUCGUUUACUACCAACACAAUCGCUACCACCACCACCGCUGUCGAAGACAACGUGAAGACCCCAGUUACAGACAGAUCACUGGAUUGUCAGUUUGGACGGGCAGAGACGAAAAGGCCCUGUCAACCGGACUAUCCUCCUAGGUACUUAGCUUCGGUCAAUGUAGGUCGGAUUUUCUGACGAGCUUUGCUGACUCCUACCAGAAUAUCGCAUUUGAGACCCACUGGCAUCGGUGAAUUACACGCGUCUAAACUGCUCUGGUUUAGGGAUGGGCUUUUAGGUAAUAGUGUGGGUAUAAUCCAGUCGGGAGUUGCACGAUAAUCUCUCUCCUCAUUACGGGUCAGCUGGGUUGCAUUUUCGUACUCAGUUCCUAAAUUUGGCUUUGGCGAACGUCAGACCCAAAAGAUUUGCAUUUUUUGCGUCGGUCGCAUGUGCAUGUCUCUGUUAACUGAACGGAAGUCUCUGGCGCUUAGGGUAUAUUGGAUGAGUUAAUGCACGACGGAGAAGUCAAUAUAAGGGAAUUUAAACAUUCCAAAUGAAAGGAAGGCGAUCAGGUCUGCACUCCGUACUUGCUUAAUAACAAGCGUGUAAUUUAUCAAAUACGCGUCACCAAUAGAACAAGAAACCCGUUCAGUAAUUUGAUCGUCAAGAGACCGUGUACGUCAGUCCACCGUUCUGCUUAUUUGAUCCCAAUUUUUUUCAUACAGGGUACUCCCGAAAAGUUCGCUAAAUUCAGCCUACCAAGACUGGUUAAAGUCACUAAGGAGAAAGUCUGUAGAAAACAGGCGCAGUUUUUGUAACCUCAUACGGCAGUCAGCAUACUAGUUGCACGCUCAAGCAGGUUCAGUAUCUCAGAAAGUGUUGUCUAAUGUUGCAAGCAGGAGCUGAGGGGCCAGUCGCCAGACUGUAUAUCCACUUUUCGUAGACAUAGACACUAUUGCGUCAAAGUGGUAAGUGCAAUCGGGCGCCAGAAUAUCCGCGCCAAGUACAAAGGUCCAGGGAGAUCGGGAUUGUCAGUUUGUAGCGUCAAAGCAUGAUAAUAACCAGACCAAUAUCCAGAUAUGCAAAUGAGGCAUCAGCCGCUCUCAGGGAAGGAAAAUGGCCUUCAUGCAGUCGAGUGUCGAACGAGGACGCCAAUGAUGGUGGUCGACUACAGCCGGAGUCGUCGGUCUGCAGUGUGGAAGAAGUGAACAUAGUCAGGGCUCCACAAUCACCAGGUUAAGUACAGACGCGCAGUUGUGACGUCGGUCGCUCGAAGGAAAGAUGGAUGGCCUUGACGCAACAGGGUAAUAAACAGAGGUGUUUGACAUUGAAAUGAUGGCUGUCGAAUACAACACCACGUUGAUUGGACAUCCAAGUGAGUUCAAAUUAUCGAGGCCCAUACCGACGGCGAGAAGUGACUCACAUGAAGCGAAACUCAAACUUUGUGAAAACCUAGAGACUAGUGUUAGAAGUGAUUGCCUUCCCUUGCAUCCAUUUACUUUCAUUUUGGUUUGAUGACGAUCUUACAGGAAAAACUAGUUUUGCUCCGGCAAGUGAUAUGCGGUGGAGCACUGGAGUCGCGCCUUGAUCCAUUAGCCAUGCAAUGUAUCAACAUUUAAAAGACCAGACCACAAGAAACGAACACAAGCAUAAUUAUUAAUUAAGGUGACACAUGGUCCGGUUACUUCGCUUUUUGUGAACACUCCGAAAGUUAAAAGGGCGAUAUUUGGUUCUACAGCCGUACUUGAUUUAUACACCUGUGGUUAACUUACGACGACAGUUUUAGUUAACAUACCAAAUUUAGCCACUCGCUAGAUUAGGAGCGGAAAAAGAGCGCGUUUGCACCGACGUUUGGUGUUACCGGAAGUGGCGUAUACACAUUCUCUCCGCUACACAGCCACUCGCUGAAUGACUGCAAUAAGGAGGGUGAAAUCACAAAAGGAAGGCCACGUAGGGGACCACGUGGUACUUCGCAAUGCAUGGCCAUUGUGGUGGAACGGAUGAAGUUCCAGUUCGUCCAAACAAUGCCUCUAGUAAGCCUACUUAGCCACCCGAUGGAUUAUAAUAAUAAAUCUGACAUAAUCAGGGCUCGAAGCACGCGCAGGGAUGCGCAUGUGAACUACUACUUGAUGUUACCAAAAAUGGCGUACAAACAUCACCCAGAAGCAGAACAACUAGCUGGAUUAAAAUAGUAAGGAAGGCGGAAACAUGUGAUAUAUUUAAAGUCAAAGUAAUCCUACCAACUAAAAUUGUCUUAGGAAGCUGACCGUAUGGUAUCAAUUAAGUGGGACUGCGGAACAGAACCUCGUAGUUAAAAGCAAUAAGUCCGACUCGAAUAAAGGGAAUUGUACUGCUGACGUUUUGGAGAUCUUGACCUGUUCGCUAUUAUAAAAGCGUUUAGUGCAGAAACCGACGAGAAUUUGAAAAUACCGCCGAAUUGGUUGGCAUUGGGCCGAUCCAUUUUUUCCUCUUUCGCUGCCUUGACCCUCUGACCGUCGUUUAUGAAUGUUUGGUGGUCUCCUUUGUCGUGCGUCGUCACCUAAAUUGGGGUCAGUUGCGGUUGUGCCCCCUCUUGGGUGAAUUAGUCGACGAGCCGUGUUUGCUCGGUAUUCUUAAGCUCGGUGUAACCGUCUUGUCCUGGUUAUGACGUAUGUAGUGAAAUAGGACUUUAUGGGCCCCAGGGAGAUCUAGGUGCCUGUUGAUGGAGUUGGCGUCUGGGUACCAAACCUCAAUUGUGAGACGUUCUGUCCUUGAGAUGCCUCAGCCUAAGACGGCUGCUCCUUGAAACUGCGGCCAGUUUGUCCCGUGUGAGUCUAUCCGUUGCGUUGCGUUGGUCAAAUCCGGUCCUUUGAGGGUAUCAGUGACCCAUCAGUUACCACCAUAGCUUUCUCGGCAGAUUCCUUCGAUUGACUUUGGUAAGAUUCCUUUGGACAGGAAGUGACAAACAGGUAAGAAAUAGGCCAUCUCUCUCCUUCUGUACGGUGACGCUAACACGGUUUGGCCCACGGCAAGUCAGUAUCUAAUGUUUAACCUCAAAAGAGUGGACUGUGUGGCUGAUGCCUUCGACAAGAAAUGCAUAGAAAAGGUAUUUGACGCUCUGCCUUCAAUGUAAUCCUAAUAUCCCAAUAAGUUGCUUCGUUUAAAAAAAACGGACUCCCUACAUAGAUCAUCUGAUCUGUCUUGAAGAGGAUGGUAUGAUUUUACGGCGUUACUAUCUGAACAUUUCCCUAAUUAGAGAAAUAACUUAUUGACUACUAUCCCCUGUGGGCACUCGAUACACACUGCGGAGUUCACCAGUGUGUUAUUCAGUCUCCAGUUUCGGCUGCCUUAUCACUUCAGACUUUCGGGGACUAAGUUGCUCGGGGAAAGCAAUUUUACUAACAAGGUAAAACUAGACUAGGCAAUACAACUCUCCAGGCAUUCGUCGUUCAGUCAUCCGUUAGGAUCAAUGAACACUCACCAAACAGUCAGGCUAAAGUCGUUAUUGCACCCGCUUGAACAGACUGUGAGAAAGAGGAAGUAUUACACAGUCAGUAAGGCCUCUCCCGGUUGGCAUGUGGGUUAAAACACUACCACGACUGGCUGCGUGUCCUAGCUUGGAAGGAUGCCGACAGACAGGGCCAGAUGGGAAAAAAGAAUGAAGUCGACGCUGCGGAAUCUAACCCCUUUUUUAAUCCGUCUGACGCGUUUAAAUAUAUAUCAAGACGCGCUUAGUCGUAAAAUGGAAGAGUGCCAACCGAAUGUGUAACUUUAUGCUCUCAGAGGAGAGAGAGUCAGGUCUAAUGGCUCCUUCCGAGUGCGCUCUGUGGCACUACCACUCAGAUGGGAUCGGAGCCUCGUUCUUGUUUUUGUGAAAGUCUGCCCCGUCGUGCGCGAGACAGGCGUGUGUGGGACGUGUAGAGGGCCGUUUAAUCUGGCCGAUCACUGCGUCUGAGUCUGCCUCCUACCGUCAGAAUCAGGCGGGUUUAAAUGAAGAGUCCCGCAGCUUCUGCGAAAAUCUUCCAUCCCUGUAGACUAAUUCAAGUGUAAGUCACCGUUCUGCAUCCGUCAUUCUUCGGGGCACAUGCUGGAUAUCGUCGUAUGUAAGGGUUGAACAGGCGUGUGUGUGUGUGUGUCGUCUCAGCUCCGUCUCAAUGCGGAUCCUCUGGUGCAUGCGUGAUCUGAGAGCGAGAGUGCGUCAAGUACCGUGGCUUCGAAGGCUGCUGAUUGACGCCCCAAUUCAGCCCAUGCAGUCAGCCCACCUGUGCGAGUGUUUGUGUGGAGUGGAGGACUGGUGGGCUAAGGGCCAGGCUGAAGCGGCUCCUUCUUAACAUGACCUAAAGCACUCUCACGCAAAUGAGAUGUACGCCGCCCAACUCCCCUUGUGUGAAAUCCUGGUGCUUGUGUUUGGGGGCCAGGUUGUUCAUGUGGUGCGCGCAGACAAGGUCACUAGACUAUGUCAGCCACCGCCCCCAUUCCCCGCACCUGUCAACUGACCGGCUCCGACAGUGGCUGAGGCAUGGGAAUGGGAAAGGGGAGUGAGGUCGGCGACUCUGAUGCGCUUGGAGCUAUCACGAGGUGCUAAAAGCCGUGGCUUGGAAGUUUGCCAACUGACGGGAUAACUUGGACCUCGCAGUCGACUCACUUUUGUGUGUGUGAAGUGGCUGACUGGUGGUCUAAGAGCCAGGCUGCAAUGUGGCCUUUAUGGCAUUCCCACUCCGUGGGAUCCGCUUCAGGUGCGGCUUCGGUUGCGCCAGCCCGUUUUGUUGUUUUUGUCUAAAAUCCUGUUCAUUUGCUGUGUGCACCAAGGGGUGCCGAUUGGAGCGCCAAGGUGCGGGCUUGACCGUGCCGUCCAUCCGCGCCCUCCCCCGCCUCCGGUCUUUUUGACUCUGUCUUGACACCGAGUCUAGGCGUGGAGUGGGGAAGAGAGAGUGCGAUAGAUGCUGUGCAAGUCGACAUUAACUUUGUACUAAACCACGCGUAAGUCGCAGUGCCUGCUCACACCUUGCUGUUGAGCACACCAUGGACAUCUUCGGAUGCUAAGGUUGAACUGUCGUGUCUGUGUGCAUGUGUGGAGUGACUGGGCUGAGGAUUAAGAAUCGGCCUCAACAACUCUCUCUCAAUGUCGCCUUUUUGACACUUUCUCACACGUAAUAUCCAAGCCACCCUUGUGAGGACCUGAUGCAUGCUGUUUGGUACAAGGUCCUGUGUGUCGUGCGCGUACAGUGACUGCUUGACCUCGUCAAUCGCUGCAUCCUAGUUUACUCCCGGUUGUUUUGACAUUGUCUUGCCACUGGAGCAGGGUAGGGGCCGAGGGGAGGGAGUGCGAAUGGUGCCAUGCAAGACCGCCUCAUUAUACAACAAUCCACACCUACGUCAACGUCACUUUGCGGGGCAUCUGGUGGUAACCAUCGUCGUGUUUGACGGUCGAGUUUCCACUCAGUUGACUUCUAGCUGAGCUUUUCCAUGCUCAUUACAUUUUUUUCUCAGAACACUCUCCUUGUUCUCUCGCUUUAGUGAAGUUGCUGAACCGCCAACUCCUCGACCUUCAAACUUCCCUCAACAGCGAUAAGAAGGCUUGUGACGAAGCCUAUCCCCGUCCUACCAUCGCUGUUGCUCUGGAAAGACGUAUGCAGCUUGGGUGAGUAUACAUCUGCACGCGAAGCCUUUCAGUGCUUGUGUCCGUACUGCGGGGAAGCAGUGCUUACAUUUUGUCGGUUCAUGCGAAUAGACGAAUUCCAGGCUGUAAGUGACGAAACGCACUUUUAGUCACCGGGAUAAGAGCGCUUUACACCUGACGUUUCCUGUCUACAGUCAAAGACAUCAUCAGGGGGACUGUUACCCUUAAGUCACCUGGCUCCCGAUAGACAGACCGCAGUGAGGUUACCGAGUACCAAACACUCACCUACCCCGCUCACGACUGGUGCUAAAACUGUUUGCUCGUCCAUGUCCGAGUCACUGUGUACGGGGACCUCAUCGCCCGUGCGAGGAAUAUGUAUCAGUACCCUAUGAAUUGCCUUCAAAAAACGGUCUAGGCAUUCAAGACGGGGCUGAGCAGGUAGCUACUCCCAACCGCUCAAGAAGCACUGUUUAGCUGACUACUAAGCGAGAGACUCAGAGGACCUGUUGCAGUGUCUGCAUCAUCCCCUGCUUUAAGUGAGCUGCGAAAGAAAUGCGGAACUGGUCAAACACGGGAAUAAGGACAUCCCGUAGUACAGGUAGUUAACGUUAAAUUUCAGGGGGCCUAGGAACCCUGAUUACUGACUCUUCCAACUCUAACCCCCUGAAUCUACAGUGAGUGGGCUAACUCAUGAAAUAUCAACAGAAAUUGCGAAAUGCAUUUUCUCGUCGUAAAGAUUAAU